AUGUGGUCCAUGCAUGACACAGACGCCGCGGCGAGCCCCGAGCUCGCCGCCAAAGGACCCCGCCCCCUCUCCGCGUCCCCCGUGGACUGGGACGCCACGCAGGCCCCGCACGGCCCGCGGCGGCCCGCGGCCUCGCGGUCGGGCCACGUCGCGCGCGCGUCCGCGCCCUUCGGGACGCGGCUCGACACCGUGUGCGAGAACGGCAUGGUGUUCCACCCGCGUCCGAAGUGUAUUAGGCGCCUGGGAAAGCAGCACUCGGCGGUGCUCGACGCGCUCCCGGACGCCGAGACCGACGGCGCCGACCCGAUCCUCGCGGACGAGCGCCCCUCCGCGGUCACCGACAACUCCGCGGAGACGCCGGCGUCGUGCGUGAUCAUCUCGGGUGCUGUCGUGCCGGUGCCGCCGUCCGGCGCGCUGGACGCCACCUGGCUGUCGCAGGCGCUCGCCGCCAAGGAGAAGGUCUCGCUGUGCGUGCGCACGUCGCGGGGCGAGGCCGGCUGCACGGACGGGCUCGGGCUACCGGUGACGCCCAUCACGCCGUGGCCGCUCGAGCUGCACACGGUGCUGGCGUCCGUCGGGGACCGCACCUCGCAGGCGAGCGGCGACGACGCGCACGAGGCGGUGGCGCCGCGCCGGCGCUCGAGCUUGAAGGUCGCGGACGUGUCCCUGCGCCCGCGCCGCACGUUUGUGGCCAUCGGGGGGUGCAGCAUCCCGGUGAGCAGCGACGGCAUGGUCCCGGUGAUGAUGGGCAGCCGGAACAGCGACUUCCAGUGCGGGCGCGGCAACAGCGGCGACGGCGGCGAGGACGGCGCCGCCACGCGCGCGCGCCUGCGUGUCGCGCACUCGCACUCGCACCUCGGGUCGCUCAGCGAGGGCGUGGAGAGCCACCCGGGGCUGCCCGAGGGGUUCCCGCGCGUCGGCCUGACCGAGAACGCCGGGGACGCCAAGGGUGCACCGCGCAUGUCGGGCGAGAGCGGCGCUACGAACAGCGUGGCAUGCUCGCGCCUCAAGCGCGACCACGCGUCCACGCGGCGCUACGAGCUCUUCCGGUCGCAGACCACGGACAGCGGCAACACGCAGUCCGCGACCGAGCCCUUCCGGCGCAUGCCGCGCAGCAUGGAGGUCGUCCGCAACCGGUCCACCCUCGAGGUGGACGCGCCGCGCGAGACCAUGGCCCACGCCGCCCGCGCCGACGCGCGCUCGAGCCGGAUGAUGGAGCGCGUGCACCCCGUGGGCGUCGCCGACGUGCCCGAGCCCCGCAGGCGCUUCGGCUGCUUCUGUUUCUGA